AUGAACAAGUUGAACCUAGACACGAGCUGCAGCAGCGCCUUUGUGACCGACAUCAGUGUAGGCACGGCCGGCAAAGUCGGCGACGGCGUGAACGCGUUCUUUGUCUACAAAGUCACGUCAGCCAACAACGUCGUCGUCGAGCGCCGGUACUCGGACUUUCUCUGGCUGCACCAGCAGCUUUCCAAGCACUGCGCAGGGUACGUGAUCCCUCCGUUGCCCGUGAAAGUCGUGGGGCUCUUGCAAGGCCCCGAGUUCCUCGAACACCGUCGCGCGGGUCUCGAGUGUUUCUUGCAGAAGGUCGCCGGUCACGACGAGCUGUGCCACUCGAUGUACUUUAGCCGCUUCCUCGAGUGCUCGAUCGUCGAGCUCACGGCACUCAAGGCGGAGACGCAGAAGGGGGAUGGACUCAACGCCUCGUCCAUGUCGGUGGUCGUACAGCGCACGCAGUCGCUCCAGAAAUGGUGGAGCAAGACGUGCCAGCGCGUGGUCGAGAACGACACGCUCGGCAUCUUUGGCUCGCCACCUCGCAAUACAAACGGAGAGAGUGGGGAGAACCACAACAACGAUAACAACAACAACAGCAACAGCAGUAGCAGUAGCAGUAACGUGAUUGAAGACCCCGAGUUCACGAACGUCGUCAAGUACAUGACCAAGUUGCAGGCUCAGGUCCAGUCGCUCAAGCGCAAAGUUCGGGCGGCCCAUCAACAGAACAAGGUGGCAGCUGGUGCCCACUGCGACCUCAUUGAGUGUCUCAAUUGGGUGGCUGACGCUGAGGAAGAGAACGCUGAGAUGCCGACGUCGUACUAUAGCGCACUCAUCGUUAUCCUGGACACACGUGCCCGUCAGAUGGACACGGAGCUCCAGGCCUUUUCGAUAAACGUCGACGACAUUGCUCGCUGGGUCAAGGCCGUGCAGAACGCCUUGGAUGUACGUGAGGACCGACGGUAUUUGUAUCAGGCACAGCUGGCCGCGCACCGGAAGGCGGUGAUUGGAGACGGCCCUGACUCUCCGUCAGCCACUCGGCUGAGCAAUGACCUUGUUGCUGCCAAGGAUGAGUUUGAGCGUGUGCACGCGCGCGUGAUGCAUGAGGUCGCACGUUUCCGUGGUCAGAAGGCGGUGGAGCUCAAGAGAUUGUUCCUAGAGUUUGCCCAGCUGCAGCUACGCAACACGAAAGAACUGGAAGAGAUUGUGGUGCAGAGCACGGGAGAUCUGGAGAACGAGCUGCCGGCCAAGCUCUUGUUUGCCGCGCAAACUCCUGCGUCAUGCGCGACCACGUACAAGUCGCGCAACUCGUUUGGACUGGACAAGGAGGACGUAGCAAAGUCCACGGCCUCGACGCAGUCUCCCUCGAGCAGCGUCAAUGCUGCUACGACUACGUCGAAGCCCGUUGCUGCAAGUUCUCACGUGUACGUGCAGAUUUAG